CAACCUGUUGCUCGUCGGAGCCGUCACCACUUUCGUUGGCUGGGAAUAUUCAGUGAGGGAGGUCUGCAUACUUGAACUAUUGGCCGUCCACCACCUCAGGAAAUCGAUUUGCAACAUUUCGAGCAAGGCCCGCUACCAAGGCCAUCGACAACCACUUCCACUCACCAACAGUGGUUGCCAUCGACGCAGACACCAUUCUGACGUUGUUUCGGAUCUUAUAAAGCGACCAGGCUACACAGUGGACCUCUGCCGGUUUCGUCUACUACCACCGACACCAUGGAUACCACCGAAGAGAAGGCCAACUUGGACAAAGGAGACCUCGACCUUCUCAGCAUCAUAGAACGGACCUGCUCGGUCUUCUCGCUGCUGGGAUGUGUCUUCAUUAUUGUCACAUUCUGUUCGUCUAGGGCAUUUCACAAGCCCAUCAACCGGCUUGUCUUCUUCGCUUCCUUUGGUAAUAUGAUGACGAAUGUUGGCACUCUCAUGGCGAGGUCCUAUAUUGGUUCUCCGGAUUCUCCAGGCUGUCAGCUUCAGGCAUUUCUUGUUCAAAUGUUCAUGCCGGCUGAUGCGUUUUGGACACUUACUAUGGCUAUCAACGUCUACUUGACAUUCUAUUACAAGUUCGACGCCGAAAGGUUACGGAGAAUGGAGAUACCGUAUCUUAUUUGCUGUUACGGAAUUCCCUUUAUUCCAGCCCUGGUCUACGUCUUUGUCAGGAACGGCGAUGGGUUGAGGGUCUAUGGAAACGCGACGUUGUGGUGCUGGAUCAGGCCUGAAUGGGAGAUCUGGCGCAUUCUCACGUUUUACGGACCAGUUUGGAUUGCGAUCUUGAUCACUUUCUUCAUCUACAUCCGCGCCGGCCGAGAAAUUUACCAAAAGCGCAAGCAGCUUCGCAACUUCAGCUCCUCGGACCAUGACCAAAUGAACUCGUUCCACGACGUUCUCACCUCGAUGAAGACAACCGAAGUAUAUGUCACCUCGGAAGCUAUGGAUCAACCUCAAGGCUCUAUUGGUCUUGCAACGGUGGGAAGACGUGGAUCGGAAGCCGGGCCAGUCCCACAACUACCAAACGCUGCCUACUCUGUCAGCAUUUCUGCAAAUCGCUAUAGCCGCAAUGGAUCACAGGCCGAAGCGGCCGUCCUGCCUGCCGAAAGUAGCACGGCGGAUGCCGUCGGCCAGCGCCCGAUGAACUCUGCCCGUCGACGCAACUACGAACUCAACAACGCGGCUUGGUCGUACACAAAGUGCUCGAUCCUCUUCUUCACAGUCAUCUUGAUCACCUGGGUCCCGUCGAGCGCCAACCGCGUCUACUCGGUGAUCCAUGCCAGGGAGUCUUCCACGCCGCUAGAGUUCAUGAGCGCUUUCGUUCUCCCGCUUCAGGGCUUCUGGAAUGCGCUCAUCUACGUGGUGACUUCGUGGAAGGCUUGCAAGACGUUGUGGACCGACAUCAAGUAUGCGUCUCAGCGGCCAGGUGUGACGGAAAUCGUGGGCAGUUUCAGGCACAGCGAUCAGUUCAAGAUCUCGAGCCAGAACCGUAGGACAAAGAACUACGAGAGCGAAAGCAUUACGGAGCUUACGAAUAGCCGACCGGCCUCGAAUGAGCAGGCAUCGCGGUCGUAGUGUAUGAAGAAGAUGCGCACUUGUCACGAUAGCGAAACGAUUUCUUGUGGAUGAUACCCCGAAGCCAUGUUGUUGUUUUGGGAGGCCCUGCCGCGGACGCAGGUUUCAUUUUUGUUG